UAUGUCAUUGUUUAUAACAAUAUAAAAUAAUAAAUAGAAAGAAAAUUCGAAUUUGAAACAGACACGAGGUUCCCACUAGUGCUACAACUGCUCUAGGAAGGAACAUAAAAAUUACUAAAAACAAAUGUUAAAAAUGUAGUAAAAGCCAAAGAUAAAGGCUACAGACAGAACACAAGACAAGAGGUUCUCCUAUUGUCAUUCACAAGAGAGAAAGCUACUUCACUCCUUCCUCUUCCCUCCUCCCUCCGUCGUCUCCCUGAACCACCGCAUCCUUCGUGAGCAACAAAUUUGAAAAACUUUUUGGGUUUCCUUUCGCCGGUGGAGAAGCCGUCCAGCCUUUUAAUGGGUGCGGCAGAAUCAGUUGGAUGAGCUUUUGAUCUCGUGAAUGAAUCUGUGUUUCUUAUGGGGAAGAACAGCGACGAGGAGCAGAAUCUCCCGGAGAACAACGGAGCAGACACAGCUACGAACAACGAAGGAAACAGAUGUUGCUGUUCUGAUAGGAUCUCAAGAUGGUUUAGUCUCAGAUGCGUUUUGAUUCUUGCUUUCUCCGCUGCUGUCUUUCUCUCCGCUUUGUUUUGGUUGCCUCCAUUUCUGGGGUUAUCAGAUCGUGAUGGUCUAGAUCUCGAUCCAAGGUUUAAAGAUCACAGAAUAGUGGCGAGUUUUGAUGUUGAGAAACCAGUUUCCUUCUUGAAAGACAAUUUGUUGCAGCUUGAGAAUGAUAUAACCGAUGAAAUAAGCUUUCCCAUGACCAAAGUUAAGGUAUUAGCACUUGAACGAUGGGAGAAUCUAAACAGAACAAUGGUUAUCUUUGCAAUCGACCCCGAGCAGAAGAACUCUAAGAUACCUACUGAAAUUGAGAGUCUGAUCAAGUCAGCUUUUGAAAUUCUGGUCACGAAACAGUUGUCUUUCCGCUUGACUGAAUCCAUGUUUGGACAACCCUUCUUCUUUGAGGUGUUAAAGUUCCCAGGAGGCAUCACUGUGAUCCCUUCCCAUCCUGUAUUCCCCUUGCAGCAAGCACAGCUUCUCUUCAAUUUCACAUUAAACUUUUCUAUCUACCAAAUUCAAUCUAACUUCGAGGAACUCACUAGCCAGCUGAAGAAGGGUAUAAACCUGGCUCCCUAUGAGAACUUGUACAUAACCUUGUCGAACUCCAGAGGCUCAACGGUGGCGCCUCCUACUAUAGUUCAUUCUUCUGUUCUGCUCACAUUUGGAGCCUCAUCACGACUCAAGCAGCUUGCUCAAACCAUCACUAGUUCCCAUUCAAAAAACUUAGGCCUAAACCACACUGUAUUUGGUAAGGUUAAGCAAGUCCGUCUUUUCUCAGUCUUACCACAUUCACCAGUCAAAUCAUUACCCCCUUCGCCUUCCCCUUCUCCUCAACCUGAAAUCCACAAACACCACUACCAUCAUCAUCACCACCAUCAUGAACUUGCUCCAGAACCUUCACAUGCAUCUAAGAGCUUUGCACCAGCAUCUGAACCAACCAAACACUUACAUUUACACCGGAGAAGCCCACCUCCUUGCCCUUACGAGCAGAGGAGACCAAAAGGAAACAAUGCUCUGAACCAUCAUCACAGUGCAACAACACCAACGCCUGCACCACACCGGUCUCAGCAACACGCACCAGCACCAAACCAUACACCGUCAAGUCAUCAUCAUGCUAUUCCAGUAUCUAGUCCACUUCCCCACGUGGUAUUUGCUAAUAUCCCACCUCCAGCAAGAUUCUCACCAGAAUCAAGACCAAGCGGUGAAAUAACACCCUCACCUUCUCCCACUCCAUGUAAGUCUUUCUUUCUGUUCUCAACAUAUGCAUCCAUAGAUUUGUUGGUUUACUCAACUCAAAUCUGUAAUCUGUUUAUCAACAGCAUCGGCUAGCAUUGGUCCAACCUUCAAAAGGGUGUCAUCAAAGCUGCUUGUAGUAGUAGUAGUCUUUGUAAUCAUCUGUCUGUAAAACCAAAAAAAAAAGGCCGGAAGAAACUGCUUUUUAACGUUCAAGCUGUAACAAAGAAGCAGCAGUACGCAAAAGCAGAACUCCUCCGGUUACAACAUCAAGGUAAUUGUAUAAAUGAAAACAAGACCAACAAAAGAAACUGUAUGUAUGGAAAAUGAAGAGAGUUUUUGUAAAAGAGCUGUUGAGGUUUGCAACACAAAAAUGUGUCUUUGCACCUUACAUCCGAGAAAAGAAAAAAAAAUCUUAUAUAUAUAAGAUAACUGUUUUUGUAUAUAAAGUAGUUUUGGUUCAUCCGAUUAGUGUUUAUCACAUAUAUUUAGUAGAUAUGUACAUUCUCCACUGGAAAAUGAUGAUGAAUUGAUGAUAAUCUCUCAGUGUUAUUUCUAUGAUAAUAUUGUUGCCAUCCUUGAUUCAAAGUUAUUUAAAUUGUUUACAACGCUAGUUAGAGAACCAAGAAAAAAAC